CAACUGAGCCGCCCUCUAAAUCCGGUAAUCACCGAAUCCCAAAACGCCGAUUGCUCUGACCUCGGACGUACAUUCCGGUUCACAGCCAAGGAAUGGAAGCGACAGCCGACGGCCACCGUCCUCCGCCAGUGUCGGCCCUGACUGUAGCAGUGGCCGUGAAAAGCGCCGAUGGAAGAGGUAGUCAACGAGCCGUCCGGUGGGCUGUGGAGAAGCUGCUGCCCAAAGCCGACCGCUUUAUCCUUGUACACGUCAUGCCUAGCGUCACCUCAGUUCCUACUCCAUCAGGAGAGAGAGUUUCUGUUGAGGAGCUGGAGACCAGUGUGGUGGAAUGGUAUGUGCAGGAUAGGAAGGCUAAAUGUGAAGAGAUAUUUAUUCCAUUUAAGAUACUAUCCAAAAGGAAAAAAAUGGAAACUUUGGUACUUGAAGGAGACAGUCCUACAACAGUACUUCUGAGAUAUGUAACUGACUCUGCGGUUAGUAGUUUAGUGAUGGGCUCAUCCUCUCCUUGCUACUUUUCUAGGAAGGCAAAAGGCUUGGAUGUGCCAUCAGCUGUUCUCAAAUAUGCCCCUGAUUCCUGUGAUGUCUUUGUGGUAUCUACUAAUAGGCUUAUGGCGAAGUCUUUGAAUCCUUUGUUAACUUCUGCACACAGCAGGUCAUCAUCCAUUGCUGAAUUUAGUGACCCAGAUGCUGCAGCACUUGACCAAGGGGAUUCUUCUAUAUAUUUUCAUGCUUCUCAGGAAAGAAAUUACCAAAAUCUAGAAGAUACCUCCUCAACUUUAUAUUCAGCCAAUGGAAGCCCUUCUUACUCGCCAGAGGUUCAUGAUGAAGUUGGUCAAUUGCGCCUAGAGUUACAGGAUACGCUAGCCAUGUAUAAUCAAGCAUGUGAAGACCUGAUUUAUGCCCAAAACAUGGUCAACUUGCUUACUUCUGAAUGCCUUGAAGAAUCACGAAGAGUAGAUGCUGCCCAGAAAAGAGAAGAAAAUCUAAGGAGACUUGCUGCUGAAGAGAAAGAAAAACAUUUGAAAGCUGAAAAGGAGGUUGAGAUGGCUCGAAAAUUGCUUGAUAAGGAGACUUAUGAGAGGCGGGUAGCAGAACUGAAAUCUCUUAAGGAGUCCUUAGAGAAAUGUAGUGUUGUUGAUGCACUAUUAUCAUGUGAUGGGAGGUAUCGUAGAUACACACGAUAUGAGAUUGAGGUAGCAACUGAUGGCUUUUCUGAGUCAAAUUUGAUAGGUGAAGGAGGAUAUGGGAAAGUUUAUAAAGGCAACCUUGAUCAUACCCCUGUAGCCAUCAAGGUUCUUCAUUCAGAUGCAUCCGAGAAGACACAGGAAUUUUUGAGAGAGGUUGAGGUUCUUAGUCAAUUGCGACACCCAAAUAUUGUUUUACUGAUUGGAGCUUCACCAGAUAGUUGUUGCCUUGUUUAUGAAUAUAUGGAAAAUGGAAGCCUGGAAGAUCACAUUGUCCAAGGAAAUGGCAGAUCUAUGCCUUGGUUCAUUCGUUUCAGGAUUAUUUUUGAGGUGGCCUGUGGACUUGCAUUCUUGCACAACUCAAAGCCAGAGCCUAUUAUUCAUCGUGAUCUCAAACCCGGUAAUAUCCUGUUGGACAAGAAUUACACGAGCAAAAUUGGAGAUGUUGGGCUAGCAAAAUUUGUUUCGGAUGUUGCUCCUGAAAGCGUCACAGAAUAUAGAAACUCCAUCAUUGCUGGCACGCUCACUUACAUGGAUCCUGAAUAUCAAAGAACUGGCACCAUCAGACCCAAGUCCGAUCUGUAUGCUUUUGGAAUUAUCGUACUUCAACUGUUGGCUGCCCAACGUCCCAAUGGACUUGUACUGAAGUUUGAAAAUGCUGUCGACCGUAAUUCCAUCUCGGAUAUACUUGAUAAGUCGGUAACAGAUUGGCCUUUGAUUGAGACAGAGGAGCUCGCUAAAUUGGCUCUAAAAUGCUGUCAACUCAGAUGCAGAGAUAGACCAGAUCUAGACACUGAAGUUCUGCCUAUUCUGAAAAAUCUUGCCGAGUUUGCUGACACCAGUAUAAAGGCAUCAAGAGACCAUGUCCAUGCACCUAGCCACUACUACUGCCCAAUCCUUCAGGAAGUAAUGGAAGACCCACAUAUAGCUGCUGACGGCUUUACUUACGAUCACACAGCAAUAGAGGCAUGGCUCGACAGACAUAAUAUUUCCCCAGUGACAAAACUGACAUUGCAGCACAAGACGCUUACACCAAACCACACCUUACGCCUCGCAAUCCAAGAGUGGAAGUCGAGCACAACUUCUGCGGGAGGUUAGCAUGUUGCAUGUCGGUGUGGAAUCAGGAAUGCGCGUGAUAUCAACUAAACCACGCCCUCACACUCUCUUUCUGCACGUUAGAAUUCGAGUUUCAGUGGUGCGAAAAUUACAAAUCAUAUUUAACUUUUGUUCAUUUUGAUCAUUUCUGGCAUUUGGUGUUGCCAUUGCAUAUUUGCAUAGAAGGCAAGUGUAUAGUAGGGGUGCAAGUAGUUAUUUUAGGGCAGUGCAAGAUUGUAAGUAGCAAAACAGGUUAAUAAUUGUGUUCUGAAUAGUGUGUUUACUCUGUAAAUAAGUAUCCUUUUGAUUGUUUAAGUCAAAUGGUAAAAAAUAAAA